CGUCACGAGCAGGCGCCAUAACCAAUGUACACUCUCAAGCGGGCCCAGGGAACCUGUCUUUUCCCGGGACAGCCAUGAGCAAGCGGAACCAGGUUUCGUACGUGCGGCCAGCCGAGCCGGCGUUCCUGGCCCGCUUCAAAGAGAGGGUCGGCUACAAAGAAGGGCCCACCGUGGAGACCAAGAGAAUCCAGCUUCAGCUCCCAGAUGAAGAUGGUGAUCACAGUGACAAAGAAGAUGAACAGCCCCAAGUGGUGAUUUUGAAAAAGGGAGACUUGUCAGCUGAAGAAGUCAUGAAAAUUAAAGCAGAAAUAAAGGCUGCCAAAGCAGAUGAAGAACCGGCUAUGGCUGAUGGAAGAAUCAUGUAUCGAAAACCAGUCAAGCGUUCCUCAGAUGAAAAAUAUUCAGGUCUAACAGCAAGCUCAAAAAAGAAAAAGGCAAAUGAAGGUCAAAUAAAUAAGCAGGACUCCGUUAAAAAGAACUCACAAAAGCAAAUCAAGAACAGUUCCCUCCUUUCUUUUGACAAUGAAGAUGAAACUGAGUAAGUGUAAAUAUUUUGGACUUGGUCUUCCUUUAGAGUAUAUGGGGUAUUUUUUAAAAUGGCAUCUUUUUUCCUAUUUAAAGAUAAUACAAGUUCAUUACAGAAAAUUUAGAAAAUUCGGAAAAAAUGUAUGAUAAAAACUUUGUUUAUCAAAACCCCUUUGACAUGAUGCAAACUCUGUAGAUAUUACCAACUAUUAACAUUUUGGAACUUCCAUGUGUGGGGCAUGUAUGUAUGUAUGUAAAUUAUAUUUUUUAAACAAAAUUGGGAUUAUGUUGUGCAUAUUAAUCUGUCCUGCUUGUUACAUGUCGUUAUGAGUGUUUUUCCUGAUCAGUAAAAUUCAAAAACUUAACAUAAUUGCUAUUGAGAAUUUUGUCAUUUAAUGAUUUUGUCAUUAAAUGACAAAAUCUUCAGUAACUUCAUGAGCAGAAGGCCACUUCAGAUGAGGAAGAUGAUAAUGUGGCUAGUUAAGAAUACUUACCCAGCUCCUGCUAAAGGUAGCCGUAUAACAGCCCCGGCAAUUUUAGAGAUAGAAGUGGGUCUUGUACAGUUGAGGACCUAAUACAAGUGAUCUUGAUACAAGUGAGGAUCUAAUACAUAACAUGGUAACUAUAGUUGGUAACAGUAUAAAAGCAGGGAGAGGCACUUGGGUGGCUCAUUCAGUUAAGCGUCCAACUUUGGCUCAGGUCAUGAUCUCAUGGCUCAUGAGUUUGAGCCCCGCCUCAGGCCCUUGGCUGUCAGCACAGAGCCUGCUUUGGAUCCUCUGUCCCCGUCUCUCUCUGCUCCUCCCCAGCUCAUGCUCUCUCUAGCGCUCUCUCUCUCUCUCUCUCUCUCAAAAAUAAACAUUAAAGGGGCGCCUGGGGGGCUCAGUCGGUUAAGCUUCUGACUUCGGAACAGGUCACGAUCUCACAGUUUGUGAGUUCGAGCCUCGCAUCAGGCUCUGUGCUGACAGCUCGGAGCCCGGAGCCUGCCUCGGAUUCUGUGUCUUCUCUCUCUGCCCCUCCCCCACUUGUGCUCUGUCUCUGUCUCUCAAAAAUAAAGGUAAAAAAAAUUGUUAAAAAAGAUAAAAAAUAAACAUUAAAAGAAGAGAGAGAUAUAAGUGAAGUCUACUUAAUAAAGCCUCCAGGUGUUUGAUACAAAAAAGCAGAUUUGGCAAGCAUGAACCUUCGUCCUCGCUACAUACCGUCAGGAGCACAUACAUGGAACGUAGCAAGAGCAGAGCCAUUUUCUGGCCUAAGGAAGGCAGACCUUUGCUCUGGGUGGUACAGUGGAAACACUCAAGGCACUUGGGUCUUGGCAGCAAGCCUGGAGGAGCUGCUACAGCAGCCACCGACUGCCAGCCUCUGGACUCGUUGACACAUGAGAAGAGUAAACCGAAAGUCACUCAGUGGUACCUCCUGCUGACACCUGAGAACUCCACGCCUCCUGCCCUUCCUGUUCCCUUAAGAGGCCUCCUUUCCUGUUGUGCUCCGAGAAUUCGUUACCUUUAAAAAUAAAAGUCAGUUAUUUUAUGAGCAAAA